GCCUUGAUUUUGUUUACCAAGUUUCAAGUUGAUUUUUAUUUUGAUUUUGAACAGAAAAAUCCGAAUCAUCAUCAUCAUCAUUCACUCAUCAUGGUUUUUACACCAUUAUUUUUAUUUCCAUUUGGAUCAUUUAGAGCGACUAUCGUAUCGUUUAUAUUGGCUAUCAUAUAUGGAUCACUUGUUGCGUUUCGUUUAUUCAAUCAUUUUAUGAAUGAUGGGCCAAAAAAAUUUUUUCAACAAAUAAACAUUCGACAUAAUAGACCCACGAUUAUUGAUGAUCCAAUUUAUGGUGAACAUUGUUAUUAUAAAGUUAAGGAUGAUGUACGAAUACAUUAUGUUGAUAGUGGCGAUAUAGAUCGUCCGAUUAUAUUUUUUCUACACGGGUUUCCUGAAUGUUGGUUUAGUUGGCGUUAUCAAUUACAAGAAUUUCGUAAAGAUUAUCGUACAAUUGCCAUUAGUCUACGUGGUUAUGGUGAUUCAGAUAAACCGUCGAAUCUAUCAGCAUAUAGUAUAACAACGCUGAUUGAUGAUUAUUAUGAAUUGAUUCAACAUACAACGAAAUCAUCAAGACAUAUGGAUCGAAAAAUCAUUAUGAUUGGACAUGAUUGGGGUGGCCUAAUCGCUUGGUAUUUUACAAUGUUAUAUCCUGAAUUAAUUGAUAAAUUAAUCAUCAUGAAUGCUAGCCAUCCAGCUAUAUUUAUUCGACAUAUUCAAAAUGAUUGGCAACAAUUCUUACAGUCAUGGUUUAUAUUCUUUUUUCAAUUACCAUGGUUACCAGAAUUAAUGUUUCGUUGUAAUGAUAUGAAAAUAUUUGAGAAAAUGUUUGGUCCUUUUAUUCGCGAUGAACAAGAGUUGGAUGUUUAUAAAUAUUAUUUUCAAACAUUCUUGGAUUGUCAAUGUCCAAUUAAUUAUUAUCGUGCAUUUAUUCGUGGUUAUGGUCACCAUGAUUUAUUGAAACGUUUAAAUCAAGCUAAACGAUCGUUUGAAUCAAGUUUAAUCGACACAACAACAUUGAUUAUAUGGAGCGAUCAAAAUGCCAUCAACAUUACGAACACCACCGCAACAACCGAUGUACAAUGUAUGAUUCCAAGUUUAGUUCGUGAAUCGGCAAUGUUAUGUCGAAAAUCCAUUAUAAAAUUCAUCAAUAAUGGAUCACAUUGGAUACAUUUUGAAAAACCACGUGAAAUUAAUCAAAUUAUUCGUCAAUUUCUAAGCAAUGCAUUACCACCGCAUGAACAUGUUAAUGAUGGUGGUGGUGGUGGAAAAAAUAACAGUGGUAGUUAGUAAAGUUUAUUUUCAUUUUUUUUCUCUUUUUCAUUAUUAUCAUUAACCUACCAAUGUCAACUACAUACUAGAUGAAUAGAUCAUCAUCAGCCAUCCUGUUGUAAAUGUGGUAGUAUCAUUUUUACACUAAAAAAAAAAAUUUUUUUUUGUUUGUUUGAAAACGUUCAUCUGGUCACGUUCACACACACAUACAUUUUUCAUGAAAAUGAUGAUGAUUUGUGCGUUGGCUAUCCGGUGGUGGUUAUAAUGAUGAAGAAAACAAAAAAAAAGCAGAAGAAAAAACCAAAGAAGUAGAUUUUUCCCCUACCAUUUCCUUGUUGUUUCAAUUAUUUUUUAACAAUUAUCAUCAUCAUCAUCAAUGAUCAUGACGUCAAACAUGCUAUUUUUCGAUAAAAUAAAAUAUUUUGCUUCUGUUCAACAAAAACGAAAAUCCAUAGUGAUGUUAUACUUAUGCUUGUGUUGGUGUAUGUGGUUGCUAUUAUUAGACAUCAUUACCAAUUUUGACAAUUUUUGUUCAUUUUUUUUUGUUAAUGGUAAUGAUGAUGAUGAUUAUGAUACCACCUGUACAUGUAUAGCACCACCUGUUUAUGUGUGUGUGUGUGUGU